AUAGAAUUUUCCAGAUUAUAUAUAGAUCGAGCAGAGGAUAGGAACCCAUGGAAUAGCCCAAUGGCAGCCCGCGCCAUGAAUAGCUGCCGCUCCGCUUCGUCUCAUCCGCCGUUGUUGGCGACGAACUUACAGAGCUGGCAUACCCAGCACCAGUUCAGUAUACGGCGGUUCCAGAGAUACCAUAGUUUGCAUUCUCGGUUCUCAUUUCCCCGUUCCGAACUUUGUUCGAUCGGUCGUGGCAGUGUUCGGAGUUACUCUGUCCAAAUCUUAUUUCAAACCGUCAUGGAAGAGCUGCAAUCGAUGCGCAAACAAUGGCAAAUUCAUGCUUCUUCCGAAUUGGGAUUAACAAGCACUGAUGAGCUUUUCCAAGACAAAGUAGAAAAGCGGACUAUGCAAAGGGGGUUGCUGCUAGAAUUCAAGAAGGACACUGAAAGGCUAUUGCUAGCAGUUGCUCUCAGACCUGAUGGGAAAAAGAAUUGGAUGGUCUUGGAUCAGAAUGGUGUAACAGCCUCAAUUAAACCACAGCAAGUUACUUUUAUUGUUCCUGGGAUUGAUAAUUUUGACCCCAUCAACAUAUCAAACUUUGUCCAGAAAGCGUGUGAUAACCUGGAUCCUGCUCUACUUGAGUUUGCAUGGAAUGAGCUUCUUGAUAAUAAUAAAUCUGUCACGCUGGAUGAACUGGCAGAGAUGAUUUUUGGUAGUGCGGAACCUCUUGAGAGCUAUUGUACCCAUCUUUUAUUAUCUAGAGAUGACAUAUACUUCACUCGUUUGGGGACUAAAGGUUCUCAUUCUAUUUAUGGACCUCGACCCCCUAGACAGGUACAUGAACUUCUACAAAGGAAGAUUGCUAAAGAGGCUGAUGAGACAGAACUUGAGGAGUUCAUUCAGUUGCUAAAAUCUAUUAAAGAGAGGCCUCCACAUGCCAAACCUCCAAAAGCUAUGUGGAUGACUGAAACAAAAAAUUGGGAGAAAAUCCAGUCUCUUGAAGAUUUUGCUGUUGAUAAUUUUAUCAAUGAUGACCGAAAGAGAUUGGCAGGGGCGAUCCUCAAAGCCAUGGGCAUGGCUAAAACGUCAUCCUCAGCAGUUACUCUUCUUAUGAAUAUUGGAUAUUUCCCUGUACAUGUCAAUCUUGAUUUAUUAAAACUGAACCUUCCUACUGAUCAUCGGGAUGAUGUUGUAUUGGCUGCAGACAAUAUUUUAUUAGAGUCAACUAGCAUGUGUGAGGUUGAUAGAAUAGAUCUGACUCACCUGAAGGUUUACGCAAUAGAUGUUGAUGAAGCUGAUGAGCUUGAUGAUGCAUUGAGCGCAACAAGGCUUGAUGAUGGCCGGAUACGAGUCUGGGUACAUGUUGCAGAUCCAACUAGCUUAGUUCAGUCAGGGAGCAUUAUAGACAAAGAAGCUAGGAGAAGAGGAACUUCCCUGUUCUUGCCCACUGCUACUUAUCCAAUGUUUCCUGAAACUUUGGCCAUGCAAGGCAUGAGUCUUAAGCAAGGGAAACAGUGCAAUGCUGUUACUGUAUCUGUCAUUCUGCACUCCGAUGGCAGCAUUUCAGAAUACUCCGUGGAAAACUCUAUCAUUAAACCAACGUAUAUGCUGACAUAUGAAAGUGCAUCUGAACUUCUUCAUUUGAACUUGGAAGAGGAGGUAGAGCUAAAGAUUCUUGCUGAGGCAGCUAAACUUCGGUUUAGGUGGCGUCAACAACAGGGUGCAAUAGAUACAUGUACCUUACAAACAAGAAUUAAGGUGACGAAUCCUAAUGAUCCAGAGCCUUCAAUGAAGAUUUAUGUUAGCAAUCAAAGUGACCCAGCUAUGCGACUUGUUUCUGAGAUGAUGAUACUUUGCGGAGAGGUUAUUGCCAUGUAUGGUUCCUACAAUAUGAUACCGUUGCCCUAUAGAGGACACCCACAAUCAAAUAUUGAUACAUCUGCAUUUGCACAUCUUCCUGAAGGGCCUGUUAGAAGUUCUGCUAUUGUUCGAAUCAUGCAUGCAGCUCAAAUGGACUUCAGGAAGCCAAUACGUCACGGGGCAUUGGGAAUUCCCGGAUAUGUCCAAUUCACAUCGCCUAUACGUAGAUACAUCGAUCUUUUGGCUCAUUAUCAGGUGAAAGCAUUCAUUAGAGGUGAUCCUCUUCCCUUCUCGCCAGGGGAGCUUGAAGGGAUGGCAUCUACGAUUAACAUGACAACUAGAGUUGUAAGGAGGCUCUGCAGUAGCAGUCUUCGUUAUUGGGUAUUGGAGUACCUGAGAAGGCAAUCAAAAGAUGUGAAAUUUUGUGCUGUUAUCCUCAAAUUCAUCAAAGAUAGGAAUGCAUCAGUACUCUUGUUGGAGGUAGGAAUAGAAGCUAAUGUUUGGGUGUCUAUUGGUAAACAGAUAGGGGAUGAACUAGAAGUUCAAGUUGAAAAAGCUCAUCCUCGUGAUGAUAUUCUCUCUCUUAAGGAGGUUUUAGUUGCACAGCAGUGCUCUUCCCCAUAUUGAUUGCCUGCAGAGGAGAUGCACUGCAAAGAGCCUACUGAAGGACUGAUGACCAUUUUCUCAAGUGCUUACCAAUGGCUACAAUACAUAGUCUUCAGUUAUUGGACUUGCACAACUAUGGGACCUGUUGUGAAGAAAGCAGUUGGUUUCUGCUGAAGAGUUCAGCAAAAAAUGGCAUUAAGUAGUCAUGUUGAGGAAAUACUUUGAUCAGAGUCCAUAUCAGAUUGACAGAUUGUUUCACAUCAAAGUGGAAAUGGUGUCUUCUAAGUUAAGUUUCGGUUUAGUUUGAUGUUGGGUGUCUGACAAGAUUGAUUCUCAAAGGUUUACUCAGUUGAGGAAAGCCAAGUGUUUAUAAAGCAUUUGCCCCGCAUGGAAAGAUAUGUUCAUAUAUUCUUGUGUAACAAAAUCCUUAUAGAAGGAAUUAAUGUUGAAUUGCAAGAUGGGUUCUAUCAACGGGCUGUCUUUUCCUGAUUUUGUGGCAGCUUGUCUACUAUAAAUGAUAUGGUUGUAUGGCAAUUAAUCUCUUAUGUUUCAUGAAUUGUUUCGUGCAAUUUUUGAAUUUCAUAUGAAGUGUGGGAUUGAUUUUGCCUUAAACAACACAUCUGCGAAAAAAAGUCCCUCUCUAGGGUUGCCGCAAGGCGAUCUUUAGCCUUGGAGUGUCCGCUAUCGGUUAACCCGAGGAGCAGGGUUGUCGGCUUCGGCCGGUCAAUCGGGUAUUUCGGAUCAGUGCGGAGGGUGGCAGAAGACGACCUUGUCGGUUUAUCCGAGGACCGUUCAGGUUUAACAGAGGAAGAAUUGGGUAGCAGAGGCUUCGGGGGUGGCCUCGUCGGAUUUUUCGCAGCAACACCGUGAACGAAUUUUUUGAAAGCGAGGGUAUCGGAGUUCCCAAUUGGCUGGUAAGGUGAAGAGUUUAUGGAGAACAUUGUUGAUCAAUAUAAAAAGAUGGCAAUCGGUGCGGAGGAAGAAGAACUCGAUCUAGACGAUACUGCGAUUGAGGAUUCUCUGGUCGAGGAAUCCAAGCCAGGUUUUCCGGUGGUGGGGUUGCUAUUAACAUAUAGGAAGGUCAAAUUUCCAGCGUUCAAGGAGCUCAUGGUUUCUUUGUGGAGGUCGGGGAAGAGUAUCUCAAUCAAAGAAGUAGGUGAAAAGAUGUAUCUAUUUACUUUUCAUCAUCGCAUUGAUAUGAAACGUGUGUUAGACGGGGGGCCUUAGCAAUUUGAACGUAAUCUGUUGAUUUACCACAUAAAAUAUGUUUAAAUGAGGCUGAAUUCUAGGUCCAAGUUCACAAUGUGCCGUAUAGUUUGGUGAAUUUAGGGACUGCAAGGAGGGUGGGUAAUCACAUUGGAAAAUUUAUCAAGUAUGAUGAUAAUCGGUAUAGUGAGAAGUGGAGAUCUUAUAUGAGAGUGAGAGUUUGUAUGCAUGUGGAAAAGCCGUUGAAAGGGGCACAAGUUUGAAGAAAGAUGGGAGGAGUUACUAGGUAGACUUUAAGUAUGAAAAGUUGCCCAAUUUCUGUUUCAUAUGCGGUUUGAUAGGGCAUUUAUAUAAGGGUUUUUUACGAGAAUAUUACUAAAAUAAAACUUAUUUACAUAAAUAUGACUAUUCAUUACUACAACGUAGUGCUGUGGUAACUAAAGUUCAAAACUUGAACAUGAAUUACUAUGAUUUCAUUACUACUCUAGUAAUGAAUCAUAUUUUUGUAAAUCAUCUUUAUUUUGAUUAUGUUUAUGUAAUUAUUUCUUUAUAUAAAUUAUGUCCCCUAACGUGUGAGGAAGAUCUGAUUCUUGAAAAGAAUUUUGGAGUCCAUCUUAGAGCAGGUAGCGGGUGAAGAGUGAAGACUAGUCUAAUGGGAGGCAAUAAAUGGCUAGUGGAUGGGUCUUCUAGCUCUAGUAAAGACCGCAGAGGCAGGGAAGAUAACAAUUCAGAUGGCAAAACGGGUGGAGGCGGGAAGGAAUCCAUAUCAGAAACAGCGCAGAGCACUACUAAGGGAGCGGUGGGUGAGACAGAUGAGGAGGCAUUAGGUGAACAGAAAAGAAGGCGCAUUUGGGAAGCCCUAUAGGACAAACGCGUGAGGGAGAGCAUGACUUUGGACAGUAAAAAAAAACGGGGAGGGGGGCGGGCUUCGCUCUGUAAGCCCGCCUAUAUUGGUUAAGUCAGGUUUGAAGAGCAGGUCGUGGGAGGUGCUGCUAAUUAUGAUGCUGGGACGGAAUUUUUAUGCUUUGUGUUUUAUUUUUAUUUUUCGUGAUAAUUUUAGGUGUUGUACUCUCUGUUUGAUCCUUUUUAUUUGCUGUAAGACUCUGAAAGGAAUGGGGUAACCGCCUUUGGCUUAGUUGUGCCUGUAAAGAGUUCAACGAGUUACAUUGCUUUUGUUGAGGUGAUUAAUUCUGAAUCUGACUCGAGGGACGGCGGUUGUCAGGAUUCAUUUUGUCGGAUUACCUACUAUCUGGAUGAUGUGUUAUCAAUGUAAGCCUGUUUCUCCC